UAUGCUCCCUGUUCGCUCUCUUCUGAUCUUUCUCGUCUUGCUUGGAGCAGUAUGGUUGAUAGAGGCGGAGAUCCAAGAGCCGUGCAAGAGCAAGCUCCUCACUCUCCAGUCGUGCUUGCCUUACGUCACGGGUAAGGCCAGCAGUCCCACCUCGGACUGUUGCGGCGCGCUCAAGACUAUCCGAGCUGGCGACCCGGUUUGCCUGUGCGAGCUCAUCAGCGAUGGAGGCUCUUCCUACGUCUCGGGCCUCAACAUCACCACUUUGCUCGCUCUACCGGUGAUUUGCAGUGUGGAUGCCAAUGCUUCCAAAUGCCCAGAGUUGCUGAAUGGAGCUCCACCACCAAAAAGUAGCUCUUCGCAAACCAUGGUUGUCGCUAGCACGACAUGGAUACUACUAGUGUCCUUGUUCGUUUAGAAGAAGUUGUGUCAACGUGAACUCUUUGAGCUGAUGAAAAAAAAAAACUUUCGUUUCA